CGCUGGGGUGUCUGGCCCCUGCUGCAUGGAAACACCCCGGGUGCUUGGGCAGAGCUUGUGCUCUGGGAAAUUUUUCAGCGCGCUGGGCCCGGCCGCCGGGGGGUGAUGAAUUGCUCUGUGUCGGGGUGGUGGCGAGUCACCGGGAACGCAGCAGUGUGAACAUACAAGAACUUGGUAUGCCCCGUCCCCGCGCUACACCCGCGUGUGCCCGCUGAACGCCUUGGUACCAACUCGCCUUCAGUCAGUUGCUCUGGCUUUUGCCAGAGAAAUAUAAAAAAUGACGUCCCUCGCCCACCAGCUGAAACGGCUCGCUCUCCCUCAGAAUGACCCCAGCCUUUUGUCUCGAAGUGAAGCAGCAUCCUUGCUGUUUGAUUGCAAGGAAGCUGCCAAUAUUGACAGAGACACCUUCUUUGCAAUAGGGUGCACUGGCCUAGAAGAGCUAAUGGGGAUUGAUCCUUCUUUUGAGAUGUUUCAUUCUACUUUGUUCAGUCUCACAUCAAAGGGCUUGGAACGCAGUGUUCAGACUAAAGCAGUAAAUGAGCAGCUGGAUGAGAAUAUUUCAUCAUUCCUGAUUCAUUUGUCUCCUUACUUCAUGCUUAAACCAGCACAAAAGUGCUUGGAGUGGCUAAUUCACAGGUUUCAUAUCCAUCUUUACAACGAGGACAGUUUGGUUGGUUGUGUCUUGCCGUACCAUGAGACUAAAUUGUUUGUGAGAGUUAUUCAGCUGUUAAAAAUUGGAGACCCAACUCAUAAAUGGAAUUGGUUGCAUCCAAUUAAGAAACCAGGAGUCCCCCUUGCUAGGGGUGCUUUGAUUACACACUGCUACAAAGACCUGGGUUUCAUGGAUUUCAUUUGCAGUCUGGUGACAAAAUCUGUAAAGAUCUUUUCUGUACAUGAUGGCAGCGUCUCUCAGUUGAGGGUCCUGUUUACUUUUUACGCCUCCACCAUUGUGUCUGCUCUUGGUGCUGUAGAGAAGAUAACAGACACUAUAGUCUCCAAACUGCUCCCUUACGUACAAAAGGGUUUGAAAUCCUCUCUAGUGGAUUACAGAGCUGCAACCUACAUGAUCAUCUGCCAGUUGGCAAUGAAAGUGACAAUGGAGACCUCCUUGGUGCAGUCCUUGACAUUACAGAUCAGCAAGAAUUUGACCAAAACACCUUCUCUAGCCAGAGAAGGAUUGGCCUGCCUGCUCGUUCUUCUUCAGAACCAAAAGGGAGAGGGUCUUGGGAAAAAGCCAUUUCGUUACCUGUGUAACAUUCCAGACCUGGUUACUAUCCUGCAUGGCAUUUCAGCUGCAUAUGAUGUCACUCCCCUUCUGCGUUACCUGCUGCCGCACCUGGUUUGCUCCAUUAUUGACUGCGCUACUGAGGGGCAUGAGGAAUCUGAAGUGACAGAUAACCAAAUCUAUAAGAGACAUCUAGAAGCCAUACUUACAAGUGUAGCACUGGAAAAGGAUUUAGAUCGCCUUUUGGCCUGUAAAUUUCUUGAAGAGUUUAUUUCCUAUGGUGUGGAGAAUGAAUAUGAUUCCACCAAAAUGGCUGUGCUCAAUAAACAACUUCUUCCUCUCAUCAGACUUCUUGAAAGAAAAUAUCCUAAAGCCUUAGACUUGGUACUGGAAGAGUAUCUGAAAGAUGUUAUAAAUCAGAAUGAGCAAGAUCUUUUCCACCAAUUUAUCUCUCUCUCAGUGAGUGGCAGUAAAUAUCAGUUUCUGGAAGACUCGGAUACCUCUCUGGUGCUUAGCCUGAAUCAUCCACAGCCACGUGUCAGAGUCUUGGCUGUUCAGCAUUUGAAGGAGAUCAUUGAAGCAUCAAAGGAGGGCUUUGACAAGUCCUUCAUAGAAGAAGCCAUUUUUGCACGACUUAUGGAUGACAACGUGGAGGUUGUUAUGACUGCUCUCAGUGCCUUGGAGAUUUACAAGGGACAGAUCAGUCCAGAAAUAACUGUUUCAAGUCUGUUGACUCUAUUUCAAAGAGUUGAUCUUUCAAAGAACGGGAAGUGGUAUAAGGUUCUUGAGGGAGCAGUAAACAUUUUAUUCAAAGAAGAGAUUCUGAAUGAGAGGGAAGAGCUAUUAAAUCAAAUAGUAAUGCAGUUGCUACCAUUUAUGGUAAUCACUAAUAAUAAUUCAAAAUCUGCAGAAUGGAAAAUGGCAGUUUGUCUAUCAGAAUCUGGCCUCUGCUCCCUACAUCCUUUGUUGAAGGGCUGGCCAGAAGCGUUUGAAAAAGUGAUAAAAUCCAUCAAGUCUGCAGAUUUGGUUGGUAUGGCCAACCAGAAGAUGAUCCUGCUGUUUUCUGAUAACAUAACUUCAGGGGAUCCUUCCUUAAUGUUACAGAUGGUGGAAGGUCUGAUACAUGUAGCUGAAAAUGAAUCUGACAGCAUGAGGCAGAAAGUAACUGCUCAUGUAAUCAGCUUUGUGCUUGUCCAGUGCUGCUGUAAUUCACAAAUGGAAGAAAGUUAUUGGUCAUUGGCUCUCAGAAUCUUCAGUCUUCUGGAGGGAAAAAUAAGACAACUCGAAGGCAGUCAUUCUGCAGAGAUGAUUCCUGCAAAAUGGCCUAUUGAGUCAGUGCCUGGGGGCUUGGUGUCAGUCGAGUUGUUGAAUAAAUACAUAGAAAAGCUCAACUGUGGUCAGGCUGUUGAUGUAGAAGAUUCAGCCAUGCUCAUGCUUCUCUUGAAAAGCUUUGUUAGUGGCCUGAAGCCUCCCAUAUCCUUUAUGAAAGAUGAAAUCUGGUGGAAUCCUGAAAGUUUGAAUGAAAAGAGCAGAGAGUAUUUACACCUGUUGUUGGGGCUGUUUGACGUCAUUGUCAGUGGAGCCAGUGAGGGAGCUGAUGCUCUUCAGUUCAGAGCACUGCUGAGUCUUUUGUUCAAGGUACAUUUAGAAGAUUCAGAGGAUCUGUUCAAAUUCCUUUCAGUUUUAUGGACCUAUAACUAUAACCUCUCAAAUCAGCUAAACUACACAGUGAAUGCGAUGCUACAGACUCGAGCUUUGUAUAUAGGGUGUGCAAUGCUUACAUCACAGGCUGCCCAAAAGAAAAAACAGCUGGUAUCAGCCUCUUCCCCAGUGGUAAUAUCUCUGCUGAUUAACUUGGGGAGUCCCGUGAGUGAAGUGCGAAGGGCUGCUCUUAAUUGUCUUCGUUCCCUGACUGGAAUAAAGGAGUCUCCAUUUCAUCCCAUUCUUCAUAAUCUGGUACAAAAAGCGGAGGAGAUCUUAACUGAUCCCCUCUAUGUGACUCAGAGUUUGGGAAGCUUGUUUGAGGAACUGCAGACAGAAAGUAAACAGAAAUCUCAGCAGAAGAAGCUGUUAGAAGCUUUGGAACACAUACUUGAUUGUGUACAAGACCCUGGUUGUCCAUCAUAUGUAGCAAGAAGCUUGAUGAAGAUUCUUCAGCAGGUCAAUGGUGAGAUGAUACUGUCUCACCUGUUGCCUGCAAUAGAUAGAUUACUGGAGAAAGUGCUAAAGGAACCCGAGACAGUGUUGAAAGAUGAAGUUGUUCUUCUAUAUUUCAUCCUUGGGAAAUACAGUGAACAUUCAGCUGCCCUCUUAUGUAAGGAUCAGCAGAGUCUGGAUUUGUUCAUCAGAAGUCUGCACAUUGCAAAGGAGCUUUACAAAGGAAUUCCAACUUUCCAGAUCACAGCACUUGGGCAGAUCACUAAACCAUUCUUUGCUGCAGUGCCAGAUGGGAAGGUGCAACAGAAGCUACUGAGAGUUCUGUUUGAUUUAUUGUUAAAUUGCAAAAACCCACUUUGUGCCCAGGCAGUUAGCAGUGUUUUUAAAGGGAUUUCAGUUGAUGCUGAGCAGAUUAGUGUAGAGCUAGAACCUCCUGAGAAAGCCAAAGCUCUGGCUACCGUUCAGCAAACUAGGAGACAGAAAAUACAGCAGCAGAGAAAACCCCAAGUUCUGGAAUCAGUACCGGAAAUCAGCAGUGUGAACUGGCAGAGAGUUACACUCAUCCUGGAAUUACUGCAGCACAAGAAGAAGAUCAAGCGUCCUCAGGUGCUAGUACCUGUACUUUUUAAUCUGCUGGCCAGAUGCCUGGAAACUUCAACAACAGAACAGGAAAAUAUGGAAUAUACAAAGCAGCUAAUCCUAAGCUGUUUGCUAAACAUCUGUCAGAAACUGUCCCCAGGUGGCAGCAGGAUCCAGUCAGAUAUCCUUGAUAAAGAGAAAUUUAAUGUGGAGCUGGUAGUUCAGUGUGUCAGGGUAUCAGAAAUGCCUCAGACACAUCACCACGCGCUGCUACUGCUUGGUACUGCUGCUGGCAUGUUCCCUGACAAAGUUCUCCAUAACAUCAUGCCCAUUUUUACAUUCAUGGGGGCAAACGUCAUGCGUCUAGAUGAUACUUAUAGUUUCCAAAUAAUUAAUAAGACUGUGAAGAUGGUUAUUCCUGCUCUUAUACAGGCUGAAGAUGGUGGCGCUCCAGAGGCUGCACAGAAUGUGGAGGAGGUAGUUAUUAAAAUCAUACACGUGUUUGUGGAUGCCUUGCCUCAUGUGCCUGAGCACAGACGCCUUCCCAUCCUGGCUCAGCUGAUUGAUACGUUGGGAGGGGAACGAUUCCUCUGGGUUCUUCUGGUGCUCCUGUUUGAACAGCAUGUGACCAAAACCGUGACUGCAGCAACCAAUGGAGAAAAGGAUACUGUUUUGGAAACAGACGUUGAAUUUUGGAUUACUGUUUGUUGUGAGUUUAGUGUUCAUCAUCAGUUCCAGAGCUUGAUGAAAAUAAUCCAGUACUUAACAAAACUGCCAGAGAACAAAGAAGAUGAUCCUGGACCAAAAAAAUUAAGAACACGCAAGAUGAAAACACAAGAUGAAGAAGUGCAGCUUUUUAAUGUGGAGUCUCACUCAGGCAAACAACUGCGACAUUUUAAAUUUUUAUCUGUCUCUUUCAUGGCACAGCUUUUGGCUUCUCAAAGUUUUGUGAAAAAGAUAGUCGAAUGUGGUGGAGCUGAAGAGCUUCAGGAGUUGGAGCAGAGAUUAUUAGAAGAAGUUCUUUGCUACAUAAAUGUUGUGGCACACUCAGUGGAAGAAAAUGCAGACAAACCAACAGCAAAGUUUUGGAGGGCUCUGCUCAAUAAGUCUUAUGAUAUGCUAGAUAAAGCCAAUGCCUUAUUGCCGACACAGACAUUUAUCCCUGUCAUUAGGGGACUGAUGACCAACCAGCUGCCUUCUGUGAGACGUAAAGCAAUGGAUCUCUUGAACAAUAAAUUGCAGCAGCGCACACGUUGGCAGAAGGUCCAAGUUUGGCAGCUCUUAGAACUAAUUCCAGAGCUAAUCACUAUUGUCCAGCGUAAAAUAAAUGAAGAGGAGGAGGAGCAAGCCAUCAACAGGCAGACUGCUUUGUUCAGCCUCAAAUUACUGUGCAAAUGUUUUGGCACAGACCAUCCAGAGCCUUUUGUGCCUGUUCUGAAAGCCACCAUUGACCUGAUUUCUUCAGAGAGGAAGGAAGAAAGGAAUGUGAUGGGAAGUGCUUUGCUGUGUAUAGCUGAGGUCACCUAUACGCUGAAACCACUAGCAGUACCUCAGCUUCCAAGGCUGAUGCCAGCGUUGCUGAAGACACUAAAAGACAAAAAGGAGCUGGUCUCUAACGAGAUUUACUUGCUCAGCGCAGUGAGUGCGCUGCUGAAAGUUGUGGCAACACUGUCACACUUCCUCAGUCCCUAUCUGGUGGAUGCUUUGCUGCAGGUCGUUCGCUUGGAAAGGAUUGCAGUGGAAAUGGGCCCUUCGUCCCAGCUUAAUCUCCGUUUAACAUCACUGAAAACUAUGUUAGCUACACGGCUUGGUCCCAGAGUUCUGUUGCCAGCGAUUACCAAGUGUUACAAUGAACUUGCAAAUGCUUGGAAGAACCGCCUGGGUCCCCUUAUGGACAUUCUUAAAGAGCACAUUGCAGUUAUGGAGAGAAACCAGCUCAUCUCCCAUCAGUCUGAGCUCACAGCAUUUUUCAUGAAAGCCCUGGACUUCAGAACAGAGCACUCACAGGAUGAUCUGGAAGAAGUUGGUAGAACAGAGACCCAUAUUAUUAGCUGUUUAAUUAGCAUGGUCAUGAAGCUUUCGGAGGUUUCUUUCAGACCCCUCUUCUUCAAGUUAUAUGAUUGGUCCAAAUCAGAGGUCACCUCAAAGGACAGACUGUUGACAUUCUGCCGGUUAGCUGAUUGCAUUGCAGACAAGCUCAAGGGUCUUUUCAACCUGUUUGCUGGUAAUUUAGUGAAGCCUUUUGCUGAUACCCUGAACCAGAUUAACAUCUCCAAAACUGAUGAAGCUUUCUUUGACUCUGAGAACAGUACUGAAAAGAGCUGCUUAUUGCUGCAGUUCAUCCUUGACUGUUUGCACAAAAUCUUCCUCUUUGAUACCCAGCGUUUUGUAAGCAAAGAGAGAGCAGAAACCUUGAUGGUGCCCCUAGUUGACCAGCUAGAAAACAUGCUUGGAGGAGAAGAGAACUUCCAGGAAAGAGUGACCAUGCACCUGAUUCCAUGUAUAGCUCAGUUUUCAAUUGCAAUGGCAGAUGAUUCUCUAUGGAAACCACUAAACUACCAGAUUCUGCUGAAGACAAGGCACACCUCACCUAAGGUCCGAUUUGCUGCUCUGCUUACUUUGGUAGAACUUGCAGGGAAACUAAAGGAGAACUACAUGGUGCUGUUGCCAGAAUCCAUCCCUUUCUUAGCUGAGCUAAUGGAAGAUGAAUGUGAAGAAGUAGAACACCAGUGCCAGAAGACAAUUCAGCAACUGGAAGUUAUUUUAGGAGAACCACUCCACAGCUACUUCUAAGAAACACCAUUGCCUCUUUGUCGUAAAGUCUCAGUCAUGAGAUGUGAAUGUCUGUCUCACAUAAAAGAGCUAAUCAUAUUGCCACAAAGUUACUAUGUCACUCCAAUUAAGAGUAACACCUUUUUUUGUAGUAGACUGCGAAGAUCUUGCCUAUACGCUGUUCAGGGUCAUGACAAUUUCCACGGUUAUUAAUAAAUUGAAAAUAUUA